CUUGUUCCUUUUCUUUUUGCCAGGUGGUUAGCGCCGGGUGUUCUGCACAUGGUCCUGCAAGUAAAAAUCUCUAUAUUACGACCAUUACAGUUAACGGCAAAUCGUUCGUUGUCCAAAACGACUUCUCGAUGAGAGAUACGGAAGAAAUGGAGAAUGAGGUUGAGUUUGAUGAAGGCGAAGAGCCUUCAUUCAGUGAUCCGGAGGAUUUCGUAGAUGACAUCAGUGAUCAGGAACUUUUGGGAGAUGUUCUCAGAGAGAAACCUCAAGAAGCUGAUGGAAUUGACUCUGUCAUUGUCGUUGACAAUGUCCCUCAAGUAGGACCAGAUCGUCUGGAAAAACUAAAAAAUGUUAUCCACAAGAUCUUCUCAAAAUUUGGCAAAAUAACCAAUGAAUUUUACCCAGAAGCUGAUGGCAAGACCAAGGGGUACAUUUUUCUGGAGUAUUCCAUUCCAAGUCAUGCACAUGAAGCUGUAAAGAAUGCUGAUGGCUACAAGUUGGAUAAGCAGCAUACGUUUCGUGUCAACCUAUUUACUGAUUUUGACAAGUACAUGACAAUCAGUGAUGAAUGGGAACCUCCUGAGAAGCAGCCUUUUAAAGAUUUUGGAAAUCUGCGCCACUGGUUGGAAGACCCUGACUGUCGGGAUCAGUACAGUGUGAUCUAUGAUUCUGGUGAAAAAACUGGCAUAUUUUCCAAUGACGUCAAGGAACCUAUUGAGGUGGAAGAGAGAGCGCGCUGGACAGAAACAUAUGUGCGAUGGUCUCCUAAAGGCACUUACCUGGCCACGUUUCAUCAGAGAGGCAUCGCCCUGUGGGGCGGUGAGAAGUUCAAACAGAUUCAGAGGUUCAGCCACCAAGGAGUUCAGCUUAUUGACUUCUCACCCUGUGAGAGGUAUGUGGUUACCUUUAGCCCUCUCAUGGAUACGAAAGAUGACCCACAGGCCAUCAUCAUUUGGGAUGUUUUGACUGGGCAGAAGAAGAGAGGCUUCCAUUGUGAGAGCUCUGCCCAUUGGCCAAUCUUCAAGUGGAGUCCAGAUGGCAAGUUCUUUGCUCGAAUGACUCAAGACACUCUCAGCAUCUAUGAGACACCAUCCAUGGGUCUUUUGGAUAAGAAGAGUUUGAAGAUAAAUGGAAUUAAGGAUUUCUCCUGGUCACCUGGUGACAACAUCAUUGCCUUCUGGGUUCCUGAGGAUAAAGAUAUCCCAGCAAGGGUAACCCUCAUGCAGCUCCCAUCAAGGAAUGAAAUUCGAGUACGAAAUUUGUUCAAUGUGGUGGACUGCAAGCUUCACUGGCAGAAGAAUGGGGAUUAUCUGUGUGUCAAGGUGGACAGGACCCCUAAAGGAACACAGGGAAUUGUCACAAACUUUGAGAUAUUCAGAAUGAGGGAGAAACAGGUUCCUGUGGAUGUGGUGGAGAUGAAAGAGGGCAUUAUCGCCUUCGCCUGGGAACCCAAUGGGAGCAGGUUUGCAGUGCUCCAUGGGGAAUCCCCCAGGAUCAAUGCAUCUUUUUACCAUGUGAAGAGCAAUGGCAAAAUUGAUUUGAUCAAAAUGUUUGACAAACAGCAAGCAAACAGCAUCUUCUGGAGCCCUCAGGGCCAGUUCCUCGUUCUUGCUGGACUGAGGAGCAUGAAUGGUGCACUGGCAUUUGUGGACACCUCUGACUGCACUAUGAUGAACAUUGCUGAGCAUUACAUGGCCUCAGAUGUGGAGUGGGACCCUACUGGCAGAUUUGUUGUGACCUCUGUCUCCUGGUGGAGCCACAAGGUGGACAAUGCCUACUGGCUGUGGACAUUCCAGGGCCGCUUGCUACAGAAGAACAACAAAGACCGAUUCUGCCAGCUCCUCUGGAGGCCCCGCCCCCCCUCACUCCUGUCCCAGGAGCAGAUAAAGGCCAUCAAGAAGGACCUGAAGAAGUACUCCAAGAUCUUUGAGCAGAAAGAUCGACUCAGCCAGUCCAAGGCUUCGAAGGAACUGGUCGACAAGAGACGCACAAUGAUGGAGGAGUAUCGCAAGUACCGUGAGAGUGCCAUGAAGAUGUAUCAGGAGCAGAGACCUCUCCGCCUUGAACUCAGAGGAGGUGUGGACACUGACGAUCUGGACAGCAAUGUAGAUGACUGGGAAGAGGAGACCAUUGAGUUUUUCAUCAAUGAAGAAAUCAUUCCAAUCGGAGAUCUGUAGUCGCAAUAGCAGAACUGCUUUAUCAAGGAGUGUGGUUGCAUUUUGUUGGAGAACAAAUUGGGCAUCUCCAGCAUAUUCCUUGUUACCAUCCAGCCAAGUGCCUUUUAAUACUGGUUGCUGUGGAGGGAGAAUUUUGGUGCCACUGUUGGCCGUUGUUGCUUUCGUCUCCUUACCCAGCUCUGGGAACCACCCCCGGUCACCCAGCCACCAUACCCCCGGCCAGCACCCAACAGCUCUACCCUCUGGCUCUUUCCUUUUUAGUUGAACAUUUACCUCGGCCAAAAGCUCUUACCAUGACACAGCAGGCUACAUAUUGGUUUCACAUCUCAGCAUGGAAGGACGACACUUCCUGCCCAGUGGCUUUUUUCCGUAAGGUUAACACGUACUCUAACGUGCACUACAGUGGGCUAUAUCCUCCUCCAUUCAGAUUACCUGAUAUUAAAUGCACAGCAAGGUAAUAAAGUAAAAAAACAAAUUUAA